AUGGACGACUACUUGGAGGAGGAGUACGAGUAUCAAGGAAUCUUAGUAGUCGCAAGAAACAAGGUCCUCGCACCCCUCCGCGCCGCCGUCUCCAAGCCCGCACUACGCGCCUACGCCAGCACCAUCCUCGUCGUCCUCACUGGCCUGACCCUCGCCGGCUUCGCCAUAUUCGCCUACUCCGCCUUCUACUAUGCCUACAUCCCAAUCCAGGGCUUCUCUCGGCCGGUCUACCUCCAAUUCGACACGGCGCAUCAUCCGUACGGUAUAGCGCCCCUGUCGCGCUCCCUGCUGAGCAACCAGCCGUACGAUGUCAAAGUGGUUCUGCAUCUGCCGAGUACACCGACGAACCGUGAAGUGGGCAACUUCAUGCUGGACCUGCAGCUGCUCAGUCCGCCGAACCCGGGCGCGGUAAGCGAUGGGACGCGUGUGCUGGCGCAGGAGAGACGGCCGGCUAUCAUGACGUAUUACUCGCCGGUUGUGGAGCACGUUAGGAAAUUCUUCGAGCUGCCGUUGUAUCUGCUGGGUUGGAGGUACGAAUCGGAGACACUGGUUGUGCCGAUCAUGGAGGGCGUGGAGUUUGGGAAGGGGUGGAGGAACGUGCCGGAUACCGCUAGGCUUGAGAUAUUGAGCGACGUGAAGAUGCAGGUGUACAGCGUCAGGGUGGUCAUCACGGCGCAUUUCCGAGGUUUGCGAUACAUCAUGUACAACUACCGCGUCCUCUCCUUUCUCGUCUUCACCACAUCCUUCUGGGCCGUCGAGAUGACCUUCGCCUUCCUAGGCUGGUCCAUCCUGUACCUCUACCUCUUCCACCAGCCCGCGGCCCCUCGGCUUCCAAAGCGGGAGAAAGGCGAGCCAGCCGACGGCGAAAUCAAGACCGAACCCGGCACCGAUGCCGGAGCGUCCGCGGACGAUCUCUCGGAUACCUCGCGCCAGUUCCCAACUUAUGCGGGCCAGCCACCGCUGCGGUACUCGUCGCCGCGGGUCAAGGACGAGAAGGAAGAGGAGACGCCCAGAGCGCUUGCGGAUAUUCCGCCGGCUGUUGAGGCGGAUGAUGAGGAUGAGGACGUGGAUUUUGUGGACUCGGGGCUUGGGACGAGCAUGGAGAGUAGUGCAGCUGCUGCGAGGGAGUCUGUGAGGAGACGGAGGAGUAGGCUCUUUGGCUCUGCUGGCAGAUCGGUGUAG